GUCCAUCGAUAUGAAUCCGUACUAUCCGUAUGGAGAAUAUGUGUCAUCGCACCUUCCGAAUCGCGUAUCACCUCUUAUUAAUGAGAUCUUAUUUCCAAAGUGCGUACAAACAGCUGGACUUGUACCAAGAUUUACAGUUGAAGAGAAUUGUUCUUGGUCCGAUCUGUUCAAUCAGCUGUCUUCUGUGCAUCCGUACCUGCAAAAUUCAAUUAUCAAUCACAUGCUCACCUUUUGCACAACUCCUCAUAGUGAAGUGGUGCAGAAGCGCGAAAUAACGUCUACAGAAUAUCAACAAAGAAAUGGUCCCGCCGCUCACAGCCUACCUCUGACGCACAAUGAAUCCCCGUUGCGGUCCACCAAAGAAGUCUCUACAUACGCGGUUGAGGAUAAAUUAAUGCUGUCUGAUGAAUUCCGACAUCACCCAGUUACAGGUUCGCCGACAAGUAUGCAGGGAGCCGUUGGUGUAUUAUCGUUACCUUAUCAAAAAGACAGAAAUCUGGGUGCAGAGCCAAUAAAGAGGACGACACUGAACAAUUUUCAGAAGCCCUCCAUUGCCGAAUCAAGUUGCAAACGUCGAUCUGCUGACAAAUCUUGCACUGAAGACGAACAAGCAGAUUUACUGAAGCGCUAUCGAACCAGCUACAGCCAACAACAGCUUAGAAUACUUGAGCAAACUUAUCAGGCGGAGCGCUAUAUUAGCCGGCCACAACGAAGUAAACUUGCGCAAGAUUUGAAACUACCGGAAAAUACGAUCAAGGUCUGGUUCCAGAAUCGACGGAUGAAGGAAAAACGUCAAUCGCUCAUGCUCCCAACCCUGGCCGGUCUGGUUCCAGAAUCGACGGAUGAAGGAAAAACGUCAAUCGCUCAUGCUCCCAACCCUGGCCGGUCACCCGAACCGAACUCCUAUUUCACAGAAAAUAAACCUACAAAUAUCCAUACAUCCAGUGACCUUUCAAACGGGGAGAUCAUUCAGCAACUGACUUCGGUGGUGGGCCGCACAAAGGCUGAAACCGAGAAAGCUACUGCAAAUCAUGCGGCAAAAAGUAGCACUGUAGUUUGGUGCAAGCUAUCGGAACAGACUUCUUCUAGUUCAUCGUUGACUCCACUCAGAUCAAAUCAACUUAUACGCGAAAACAAGAGUGAGAACCUGGAGGCAAGCCAUGAUCACGCUCUUCAAAAGACCGAACACUUACUGAAUAGGUUUUAUUCAUUGCCGACACCUGCUGCGAAGGAAGAAGCUCAUACAACUACUGCACCCUUAAGGAGCAUGGCCAAAUAUUUUUGUGGGCCCCGAUGGACGGAUCAGUAUUCACCAGUCCAUAUCUUUUCCCCUACCAACAGACAGUCCCGCACAGAUGAGAAUGCUUCACAUUUGAAUUCAUUGUCCACGGAAUCUGCAUCGGACCGGGGUGUACCACCUCUUCAUAACAGUGUUCACUCAAAAAUUAUGGACUCAGCCCCCGAAGAUCGGUGUACUUG